AUGUCUUGGAUCAUUGCCACCGAUGAAAAUCCUUCCCAAUUUACAGUUGAUCGAAUUAUGGAUGAGAAUGAUUUUCUUCUAGACAUUAUCAAUAAAAAGCUCAAUUCUGGUGAUUUUGAGGAGGCGGUUUCCUUUCAAAAAAUUCUUCAACGAAAUCUUAUCUUUUUAAUGCAAUUAAAAUCCCAAUCACGUCAGCGAAUAUUACGAGGACCUUAUUUCUGGGAAUGCAAAAAGCUGUAA